GACCCUCAACUCCAGAACCACAGUAACGAGGCUUGCAGGAUGAUUUCUUUCAGGCAAGCAGCCUAUUUUACUUGCUUCUUUGCUACAGUAUCCUGUGAAUGCCUGAUUCAAUUCUAUAAAAAUACUUUCUUCAGAGGUGGGGAUGUAGCUGCCAUCUAUGCUCCGAAUGCACAGCACUGUCAGAUGAUGUGCACUUUCCAUCCGAGGUGUUUGCUAUUCAGUUUUCUUCCUGCAGAUUCAACAAAUAACACAGACAGAAGGUUUGGUUGCUUCUUGAAAGACAGUGUUACAGGAACUCUGCCGAGAGUGUCACGGACAAAUGCAAUUUCUGGACAUUCUUUAAAGCAAUGUGGCCAUCAAAUAAGUGCUUGUCACCGUGACAUUUAUCAAGGAAUCGAUAUGCGAGGAAUUAAUUUUAAUGUAUCUAAAGUUGAAAGUGUUGAAGAAUGUCAGAAAAGGUGCACCAAUAACAUUCUCUGCCAAUUUUAUACAUAUGCCACACAAGACUUUUACAACGAAAAUUACCGGAACAACUGUCUACUGAAAAACAGCCUAGGAGGAACACCUUCUAGUAUAAAGAAGAUAGACAAUUUGGUAUCUGGAUUCUCACUGAAGCCCUGUGCACUCUCAGAAAUUGGUUGCCAAAUGGAUAUCUUCCAACAUCAAGCAUUUUCAGAUAUGGAAGUGGCCAGAGUUAGCACACCAGAUGCUUUUGUGUGUCGGACGGUUUGCACCUACCAUCCCAACUGCCUCUUCUUCACAUUCUACACAAAUAAAUGGAGCACAAAGUCUCAGCGAAAUGUUUGUUCCCUUAAGACUUCCAGAAGUGGGACCCCAAGCCCUCCUACUUUUCAGGAAAACACCGUAUCUGGAUAUAGCCUUUUAACCUGCAAAAAAACUUUGCCUGAACCCUGCCAUUCGAAAAUUUACUCAGGAGUUGAUUUUGAAGGGGAAGAAUUGAAUGUGACCUUCGUUAAUGGAUCAAAUGUUUGCCAAGAAACUUGUACAAAGAUGAUUCGCUGUCAAUUUUUUACUUACUCUUUACUCCCAGAGGACUGUAGAGGAGAGAAGUGUAAGUGUUCCCUACGAUUAUCUCUCAAUGGUUCACCGACAAGAAUUACUUCUGGGACAAAAAUACGCUCUGGGUACUCUUUAAGGUUAUGCAAAAGUGGAGACUUCUCUAUCUGCACUACAAAGACAAGUGCACGCAUUGUUGGAGGAACUGACUCUUCUUGGGGAGAGUGGCCAUGGCAGGUCAGUGUGCAAGUGAAGUUAACAGGGCUAAGUCAUGUGUGUGGUGGAUCCAUCAUUGCAAGCCAGUGGAUCCUGACAGCUGCCCACUGCUUUGAUGAGCUUCCCUUAUCAAAUAUUUGGCAAAUUUAUAGUGGUAUUUUAAAUCUGUCAGCGAUAACAAAUGAAACACAUUUCUCACCCAUAAAGAAGAUAAUUAUUCACCAAAAUUAUAAAGUAUCAGAAGGCAGUCAUGAUAUUGCUUUAAUGAAACUUGAGACCCCUUUGAAUUUUACUGAAUUUCAGAAACCAAUAUGCUUACCUUCCAAAGAAGAUGUAAAUACAAUUUAUACCAACUGCUGGGUGACUGGAUGGGGUUACACAAAGGAGAGAGGUGAAAUUCAAAGUAUCCUACAAAAGACAACUAUUCCUUUGGUAGCAAAUGAAGAAUGCCAGAAAAGAUAUAGAGACUACAAAAUAACCAAACAGAUGAUUUGUGCUGGCUAUAAAGAAGGGGGAAAAGAUGCUUGUAAGGGAGAUUCUGGAGGCCCCUUAGUUUGUAAACACAAUGGAAUAUGGCAACUGGUGGGUGUCACCAGUUGGGGGGAAGGCUGUGCCCGCAAGAACCAGCCAGGUGUCUACACCAAAGUUGCUGAGUACUUGGAUUGGAUUUUAGAGAAAAUACAGGACAUUGAUGAACAGUAGUCUACAAACUUGCAAGCUUGAAGAAACACGCAGAGGAGGGGAAGAGCCCAGUUUGUGGAAUAACAUUCAUGGUUUGGGUUCGAUUCACAAAAUGAGCCUUGGGCUUCUCAGAAACCUGGAAACUGCCUUCUAUGUUGCGUA